GACCGAUCCGUCUCCACUCCAGGUUCACUUCGCCUCUCCCUCGCCCUCUCUCUCUCCUUGCUUCUACCCCUCUCCCCUCCAGGCUCCAGGUGCCCUACCGCCGGACCGGCGCCCGCCUCAUGAAGGCCAAGGCAUCCGCCGCCGCCGCCGAGGAUGACGCCGAACCCAAGAAGAUCCGGUCCUCACGCAGUAAGCACCGCCGACGCCGUCACAGCCGCUCCUCCUCUAGGUCCGAAUCUCCGCCCCGCAAGCGCUCCAAGAAGAACAGCAAGAGGAUUCCUGACAAGAAGAGCAAGAGGAGCAAGGGCAGCCGCGGCGGCAGCCUUAGACGUCGGCACCAUAGUCUUAGCCAUAGCCGUAGCCUUAGUAGCAGCCCUUCCUCAGUAGCCCGACGCAGCAGCUCCUCAUGUAGCAGCAGCAGCGCCUCUGAGAGGUCGGUGAGCCCGCCACCCAGGAGCAGGUCCAGAGAUGUAAGGAGGAAAAAGGGCAGAGGGAGGGGCAGGGAGAGGGAUCGUAAGGGGAGAAAGUUGCGGAGAUCGGCAAGUUCAUCUAGCAUCUCAGCAAGCAGUGGCAGUAGCAGGAGCAAGAGCAGGAAGCGGAUGACUGUUGGUGGCACUAAGGAUCGCGCUACAACUACAAGGGAUAAGAUGGAAAAGGGCUACACUGAUCGCCGUUCUUGUCGGUCUGUCAUGAACGUGGACGAGCACGUUGAUGGGGAUGAAGACAGGCUCGCCAUUGCCAAGGUGGUGGACAAUGAUAUUGACAGGCACAAGAAGAAUUUGGAAUCGGAGAGCUCACCUUCCAAGAAUGCCAAUACAACAGAAGAGAAAGUACCUGCAAGUGGUGGAAAUUCAGAUGCCCAGGAUCUGGAGCUGAUUCUUAGGCAGAAAGCUCUUGAAAACUUCAGAAAGUUCAGGGCAGCAGCGACCAUGGGAGGCAAAACAGACAGUGGAGCUGCAGGGAAGGAAGCAUCAAUAGACGAUAGCGUACACAAUGCUGGCAUGGAGGUUGCUGAUGCCACACAUUCUCAGAGUCAGGAAACCAGUCUUGGAGCGAGGUAUUCUGCUGGAUCACCUAGAUCACAGAAUUUUGGGAAUGGUGCGAAUCGUUCUUGGAAGCAGGACAACGGUGCUGGCAUGAGUUGUGGUGGAUCACCCGGAUUACUUGAGCCUGCUGAGACUGGUGGCCCGACUCAACUGAAGGGAAGAGCAGAAGAAUCAACUCGUUUGGCUUCUCAGUUUUUGUCACCACGGGAUGCCAGGAAUGGCCGCAGUGUAAUGCAAAGGCUGGCGCCCCCUCCAGGUAGUUCUGCUAGUGUAAACCAAAUGUUAGGAAGCAGUGCAGGGCUGAAUCAUGUCGAUGGAGCUCCAAGGGUUAGAUCAGUUGUGAGCAUACCCGCUAGGGAAAGGCUUGAUGGUAGCACACAUACUACACCCCUUAGCCCCAGUGAGGAUUCUUCCCCUGUUGAAAGCGGCGGCAAAGUUGGACUCCCUCUGAAUGACACUAACAAGGCUGAAGGAACCAAUGGAGAGAACAGAAAAACAAGUGAAGCUUCGGCCUCUGACGGUUCCGUAUUGUCACCUACCGAAGACAAGAGCCAGGCUAGUAUUGAGGGUAAAGAUAGUUUUCAGAAGAAGACUUUCUCUAGAAUGCAUGAUGGAGAGACGGUGGAGGUGAGCUACAAAGUCUACAUACCCAAGAGGACCCCAGCCCUUGCAAGGAGGAAACUGCAGCGCUGAAAACGCCACAAUUCAUCAUCGGUCUUACUAUCUGCAAAAACUAUAGGUUUUGGCUGGAUAUACCUAUUCUGUGAACCACGAGUGCCCAGCAUACAUGCCUUAUGGAAUCUGGAUAUCUGUUGCUCAACUAAAUAAACAGUUUUCCUACAGCAAAUGUAUUAAUUGCCUGGGAUUGGGUGAUUGAGUCGUUGUAAUCAGCAAACGUGACGUCCAAUACUGAUGAAUCUGUCACCUGCAUCUAUUGCUGUUGGCAUAGUAGUAUUUUAGACAUGCAGUAGCUACCUUGCUGCAAGCGGACGUUGGACUUGGACAGACACUGCAGAAUGCAGAUGUGCCUGACUGUACUCUCUAGUCUGAGAUUGUUAAGCCUGAAGUUCAUAUUUCUGCUUU